GCAACGUAUUGCAAUUUUAAAAGGAUGUCUAUCCAGCCGACGAAAAGGAGCCGUGCAUCGGGGGAGCAGUUAAGCGCGAUGCUUGACUUUCUGGGUGAAAACCCGAAUGUGGCGAGCGGCAAGUUCCAGAAGCUCCAUGGCAAGUUGGAGAACACCAAGAAGUGGGCAGAGAUGGCAGAUAAAUUGAAUUCUCUUGGGGGGGCUGCCAAAUCUGUGGAGCAAUGGCAAAAUGUCUGGCGCGACCUAAAAAGUCGAACAUCGACGCGAGUUCGUGAUCGUAAGAGGGAGCAAGCAUUGACGGGGAAUAUACCGCUUCAACAGCCUCCCUUGAACGAAUUGGAGAAGCGGGUAAUAGCUCUAGUGGGAAGCAGCUAUAUGGAGGGGCAACCGGAUGUCCAGGAGAAUAUUCCCAUGGAAGAGGAACUGCAAUUAACAUUGGGGGCGGCGGAUGAAAAGUUCCGCUUAGUCAUGGAGGAAGACACUAUGGUAAUUCCUCCACUAACGGUAUCGGAUGGCGAGUCGGAAAUUCGGUGCGAAACUCCGAAAACGCCGAGGCAAACACCGCGCAGAACCGCUAAGCGGAAACGUGCGGAAGAAUCGCCAACAAAGGCGAAAUUUUUAAGAAUUGCCGAGGCACAGGCCGAAUCAGAAAAGAGGCUUGCUGAAAGUGCUGCAACCAACGCGGAGGCCAACCGCUCCAAUGCUGAGGCAAUAAGCAGAAUGGCUGCUGCCACAGAGCGAAUGGCUACCGUAACUGCAACAAUGGCAGAGGCCUUCACGGUGUUGGCGGAGGGGGUGAAAGCUUGUGCGCAUGCUUUCGCCCAGUUUACUAAUUCACUGGGCCCUCCCCAAUAGAUGUAAAUUGUUUGUGUAUAUACUUUUCUUUUUCUUUUUUAAGGUUCAUUAAUUUUUUGUUAAAGUUAAGCUCCUUAGCUAACAAAACCAAUAUAAGUCCAAAUUUGAGACUUUGUACAAAAAUUACAAAAAUUCCACAAACUGUUCUUCACAAUU